UCAACUCCAGCACUCAACCAAAUCCUCCCUCCAUAGUCCAGAGAUUCCAGCCCAUAUCAUGGAUUUCUCUUCAAAUUUCGUAGCAAUUCUAGGAGUUGUAGCUCUACUCCUACUUUAUAAGCAAUGGAGGGCAAAGAAAUAUAGUAGCAAAGGACGCUCUUUGCCCCCACAAGUGCCUGGUGCCCUACCAACUAUAGGUCACCUUCAUCAAUUUGGUGCCAAGAAAACAUUCGCCCGAAUCUUGGGUGACAUAGCUGAUAAACAUGGUCCUAUCUUCUCCAUCAAGCUGGGGAUUCACCGCACAGUGGUGAUCAGCAAUCAACACAUAAUGAAAGAGUUCUAUACAACAAAUGACAAGUUCUUAGCUUCACGCCCACCUUCAAAACUAUCAAAGCACCUAGGCUACAACGCUGCAUCCUUUGCUUUCGCACCUUGUAGUUCCUAUUGGCGCGAUGUCCGUAAGCUCGCCGUGGUGGAGGUCCUCUCCCCACAGAGGCUGAAGUUGCUCAAGGAUGUUCGAACAUCUGAAGUGAUCAGUCAUUUGGUCAAGGAUUUGUUCAAGCGAUUCAAAGAAAACAAGAACAAUCCAGUCAAGGUUGACAUGAGCAAAUUGCAUGAACAUUUGGUGGUGAAUAUAAUGACAAGAAUGGUGGCCGGGAAGCGAUACUUCGAAGGUAGCAAUAAUGGACACGAUGAAAAGGGACGUCCCUUUGGACAAAUCAUGAGGGAUUUCAUGUAUGCUGCUGGUGCUUUUGUUCCUUCAGACAUGGCUCCAUUUCUAGGAUGGACAGAUUUUUUUGGGCCUGUCAAAUCUAUGAAGAAGAUUAUGAAGGAACUGAAUUCAAUUUUCGACGUUUGGGUUGAAGAACAUGAGUUGAGAAGGCUUAACGGUGAGGUGGAGACCCCCCGGGAUUUCAUAGAUGUUUUGCUCAACGCAAUUAAGGAUGAUUCCAUGUUCGGCAAUUCUCGGGAAACCGUUAUCAAAGCGACAAUACUGACUCUUAUUGUUGGUGGGUCCGAUACAACAUCCAUCACCAUGACAUGGAUGUUGGCCAAUUUGUUGAACAACAGGAGAGAAUUGGAGCUUGCCCAAGAGGAAAUAGAUCAGAAAAUUGGAAGGGACAGACAUGUAGAGGAAUCCGACAUCGAAAACUUAGUAUACCUCAAAGCUAUCAUGAAAGAAACACUGAGAUUAUACCCAGCAGGGCCUCUGGCAGUUCCUCGCGAGGCAAUGGAAGAUUGUACCCUCUGCGGAUACCACAUUCCAAAGGGUACUCGUUUUUUGACAAACUUGUGGAAGUUGCAUCGCGAUGAGAGUGUAUGGCCUAGUCCUGACGAGUUCAAGCCUGAUAGGUUUCUGACAACCCAUGCAUACGUGGAUGUUUUCUGUCAGAAUUUCGAACUCGUGCCAUUUGGUUCAGGGAGAAGGUCCUGUCCGGGCCUCAACUUUGCUAUGCAAGUGAUACAAUUGGGAAUGGCAAGGCUGCUUCAGGGAUUUAACUUCACAACACCAAAUAAUGAGCCUGUGGACAUGACUGAGAGCUUAAACAUAUCCUUAGACAAGGAAACACCUCUGGAAGUUAUGGUCACCCCACGUCUUGCUCCUGAACUUUACCAAUAUUAAGCUAGAAGAUAACUAUUUGAUAACACUGUGGUUAUUAUUCAAAUAAAGAGAAUCCAUGUAGUUUAAGGGUAAUUAAGUUUUAUAAUCUAAUAAGUUGUAAGCUUACAAUUUAAUAAGAUUGAUUUCAAGCCUUGGCA